UUGUGAUCAUGAGGUAUGCGAGUACCCGCGGUGGAGUGAAGAGCGUUGCAUUCCGAGAAGCUCUUCUGUCUGGCUAUGCACUGGACGGCGGUCUGUUAGUGCCUGGAGAUAUUCCACGUGUUGAUGGGUCGUUGCUGUCUGCAUGGACAGAGUUGUCGUAUGUACGUUUGUGCGAAGAGAUUCUUCCAAUGUUUAUUGCAAAUGAAGAAGUUCCUUUGAAAAAACUAGAAGAAAUUAUUGAGUCAAGUUUUUCACGAUUCCAUUCGCCCGACGUUUUUUCCAUCAAACAAGUAGGAGACAUGAUAGUUGCCGAGAUGUGGCACGGCCCUACGGGAGCAUUUAAAGACAUCGCACUCGGUGUUGUCGCAAAACUAGUCAACUACUUCCUUGGAGAGAGCGGCAAACAUGCAACAGUAUUGGUUGCAACAUCAGGAGACACGGGAUCCGCAGCCAUACAUGCAGUGUUGGGGUUAGACAACAUGGAUAUCAUUGUAUUGUAUCCGAAAGGGAGGAUAAGUCGCAUCCAGGAGCUGCAGAUGACGACUGUUGAUGCAGAGAAUGUGACCGUGUAUGGAGGAGAGAAUUGUGUCGCCGAUGAUUUUGAUACACUCGUCAAGCGAAUCUUCGCCGAUGUUGAUUUCUCACAUCAUCACAAUCUCAUCAUGUUGAAUUCAAUCAAUGUCGGUCGCAUUGUUAUGCAGACUGUCCAUUAUUUCUAUGCAUAUUUCAAGGCUUGUCGUUCUGUUGGAGACGAAGUUCUCAUUGCUGUGCCAACCGGAGCGUGUGGUAACAUCGCUAGUGGAGUGUUAGCUCAAAAAAUGGGUCUACCAGUCAAGUUCAUAAUUGGAGUCAAUCAUAACGAUGUCGUUCAUAAGUGUAUCAUGUCAGGGUGUCUUGAUCAACCCGAUGAUGUGAUGCAGUCGUAUGCUAGUGCUAUGGAUGUGCAGGUACCGUACAACAUCGAGCGUGUCAUCUCGUUCAUCACUGAUGACACGGACGUCGUCGCUCAGCAGUUUACGUCGUGGGAUGCAACGGGUACGAUGGCUCUUACGGCCGCACAACAGAGAGAGAUGAGGAAACUGAUGUGGAGCACGUCGGUCACUCAAGAGGAAAUUAUUGAGACAAUGCAAGAGAUGAUGUCUCAACACAACUAUUGUGUCUGCCCGCACACGGCUGUUGGUGUGUUCGCUGCCAACAAAUUCCGUCACACAUCAGAUCCACAACGACAGCUUGUCUGCAACGAUGCUCACCUGUCCAGCACUCCUAUUGUGUGCUACGCAACUUCCACGUUAACAAAAUUUAAGGAAGUUGCCGAUGAAGCUGGAAUUGCUGCUCCAGGUUUGCCAUCUGUGGAAGCAUUGUAUGAGCUACCUGAAAAGGGUGAAGUGCUACAAGGAGAUAGACGUAACUGGGAGGUGAUCAUUAGGAGGAGAAUCAAAGAGAUAUCUGAUAAGAAGUCACUGAAGAUUAACUUGGAUGAUGUCUGACUGCAUUUACUCGGUAGAUAUGGACACACACAG